GAGAAUGACUAUUGUCUUCAUGGUAUCAGAGCUAGGGUUCGGCAUCAAACUGUGUUUCUAGAUUUUCUUCCUCUGCUUCAAUUCUUUUUCUCCAGUGUCAUGGAUACUAAUCCUGUUCUUUCUAGUACUUCUCCCACUCCUAUUUCGUCGAGUCCUCCUAUUUCUAUUUCUCCCAGUACUCCUACUUUCCCACUCAGAUCUCUUCCUUCUGUUACCAGUCCUGCCGUCUCCACCAUGCCUUCCUCUAUAAGUCCUCAUCCAGUUUUUACUAUUUCAAAUAUUAAAAACUUUGUUUCGGAAACCUUGAACCAUGACAAUUUUGUUAUUUGGCGUGAGUUAAUGAUUCCUGUUUUCAAAAGCAAGGGUGUUUAUGGGCAUAUUGAUGGCUCCGAUCCUUGUCCUAUGCCAGGGAGUCGUGAGUUUGCGGAUUGGACCCAGAUUGAUUAUCAAAUCCUAUCAUGGAUUCAAGCAACCAUAUCUUCAGAAGUAUUGCAGAUGAUUAUACAGCCAGGAAGAUCUUUGAAUGCCAAACAAGCCUGGGAUGCUAUCCAUCUUGCCUAUCAAAAUCAAUUGGAAGCACAAAAUCUCUUUCUCCAACAAGAAUUCUCCUCCAUUCGAAAGCAGCCGGGUCAAACAAUGAUGGCUUAUCUGCAACAUGUGAAAGGUAUAGUAGAUAAAUUAUAUGGAAUUGGGUCUCCGAAAACAGAUCGAGAUCUGGUUUUUCAAACUCUCGCCGGUCUUGAUUCCGCCUACAGUGUUGCUAAGCGGACAAUACCUCAACGGGUUCCUUUUCCGUCAUUCUUGGAGAUGCGAGCUUUGUUGUUAAUUGAAGAGGCUAGUGUCCAACGCGAACAAGCUGCUGCUGCUUCUUUGUUGCCGGGCGUCACCAGUUCUCAUCAGGUGCUACACACUGCUAUUCCAAUCUCUAACCAAGCACCACCGUCACGUUAUUCUCCUUCCCCAGUUCAUGUUGCUGAUAUUCAAACCAAUUCCAAUUUUGUUGGUUCUUCACGAGGGUAUGGUAGAAUCAUUCCACGAGGAGGACGGCGUGGUUCUCGUGGUGGUCGUGCUGGACGUGGAUUCUAUAACUCACGAGGAAAUUUUCAGCAUUUCAAUACUGGUUAUGGUCGUGGACCUCUUAAUAAUUAUGGUGGUUAUGCUAGUGCUCGGAUGGCUCAACCGAAUUUGAGUUUGCCUCCAUUACUGCCCACACCGCCGAUUGGUUCACCUCUUGUCUCCUGUGAAUGGUGUGGCCAACCCAGUCAUCAAGCCAGAGAAUGCUCACUGCUCUCUCGGACACUUCCUCAUUCCCAUCCAACCUUCUUUGCUGCACCAUCCUAUCCACCAUCUGUUUCUGACUCAAAUUGGCACAUUGACAGUGGUUCAGUUACACAUGUCACUGGCAGUACUGGUACUCUUUUAUCCUCUUUUCCUUAUUGUGGUAAUGAUUCCAUACAAGUUGGUAAUGGUCAGUUACUUCCUAUUACUUCCUCUGGUAGUACAGUACUCUCUUUUUCUGAUAAUUCCUUUAAACUUAAUAAUGUUCUUGUCUCUCCCUCUAUUACAAAAAAUUUAGCUUCUGUUCGUCAAUUUACCAAAGAUAAUGAUUGUAGUAUUGAGUUUGAUUCUUUUGGUUUUUCUGUUAAGGACAACAAGACGAAGAACGUUCUUUAUCGUUGCAAUAGUCGAGAAGGAUUAUAUUCUUGGUCCAGUCUUCCUUCUAGUCAGCAGUCUGUGUUAUCUACUACUACAGUGUCUCCGGAUGUGUGGCAUCUUCGUCUUGGACAUCCAGGGUCAGAGUCUUUAGCUCAACUUGUCAAGCGUGGCUUAAUUUCCUCCCAUAAGAAGACCUUUUCAUCUACCUCUUGUCAUGCUUGUCAAUUAGGCAAGCAUGUGCGUCUUCCUUUUUUUGAAUCUAUGUCUGUUGCUUUGGCUCCAUUUGAUUUAAUACAUUCAGUUAUAUGGACUUCUCCUGUUGAGUCUUUUACUGGUCUCAAAUAUUAUUUAUUAUUUUUGGAUGAUUAUAGUCACUAUUUGUGGGUUUAUCCCUUGCAUUCUAAGUCUCAAGCUUUCCACUAUUUUCUUCGUUUUUCUGCUUAUGUCUCUACUCAGUUUGGUGCUCGAAUUAAAGCUUUUCAAUGUGACAAUGGUCGUGAAUUUGAUAAUUUAGAUUUUGUUACAUAUUUUCAAACACAUGGUAUACAUCUUCGAUCUUCUUGUCCCUCAACUCCUCAACAAAAUGGGAGAGCUGAGAGAAUGAAUAGAACCAUUAUGAAUAUGGUUCGCUCUUUAUUAUUUCAAGCAAAUUUGCCUAGUCAAUUUUGGGUGGAAGCACUUCAUGUGGCUGUCCAUCUCAUUAAUAUUUUACCAUCUUCUAGGCUACAUUUUUCAACACCUCAUGAGCUGUUAUUUGGUUUGCCUCCAACGUAUGAUCAUUUGAGAGCCUUUGGAUGUGCCUGCUAUCCAAAUCUUGCUGCCACUGCUCCACAUAAGUUGGCACCUCGUUCCACUUUGUGCAUCUUUCUUGGUUAUCCUCCACAUCAUAAAGGAUACAAGUGCCUUGAUUUGAGAACAAAUAAAGUUAUUGUCUCUCGGCAUGUUGUAUUUAAUGAGGCUAUUUUUCCUUACACUGCCUACUGUUCACAACCGGGGACCACCAUGCUUCCUCCACCUAGCUUCCGAUAUCCUUUUCAUUUAUUAGAUGAAAUUCGACCUACCUCUAGGAACUUACCUCACACUCCGCCAUUUACCUCCCGUCCGUCAAGCCCACCAACAUCUAGACCACCUAACCCGCCACCUUCCUCAAGCCCACCUUCCUUAAGCCCACCUCCAUCUAGUUCGCCACCUACCUCAAGCCCACCUGUGGCGGCUUCCUCUCUUAGAGAAUUGCCCCCCACCAUGUCCCCAUCUGUGGCGGCUGCUCCUCCAAAAUCUGAUGUCUCUGUUUCUGAUUCUAUUAUGCAGGAAACUGUUCCACAUGGUGUUUCUUCUCAAAAUCCUCGCAGAACUCAUUCUAUGGUGACCAGGUCUCAGGAUGGCACAAGAAAGAUUCGCACUCUCCCAUCUAUGCUUGUGACUGUAUCUGAUAUUCAAGAACCUCGUACCUUCAAACAAGCCCAACAGUCUCCUCAUUGGCGGCAUGCUAUGGAGGAUGAGUAUUCUGCUCUUAUGCACAAUCAAACUUGGGCAUGCUGAUGGUUCCCUUGAAAGGUAUAAAGCUCGACUCGUUGC